UUGCCAGCAGAUGGCGCAGUGAGCUAAAUACAAAUUACAAAUCCGUAGAAGAAGAGUUCACCGAUAGCUUUCAGUUUUCCUAGUCGGCUACAUUUUGAUGCUUCAUUUCUGGACCUUGCGUGUGCUUUUAGGGUAUUUCAUCAGUAAUGGAUCAGAAACUUUCUUAUGAUGACUACCAGCUUCCAGUCGUGUUUCUUCCUGCUUAUGAGAACCCACCUGCAUGGAUCCCCCCUCAUGAGCGAGUUCAUCACCCUGAUUACAACAACGAGCUGACCCAGUUUCUGCCUCGAACCAUCGUGUUGAAGAAGCCUCCAGGAGCACAGUUGGGGUUCAACAUCCGAGGGGGCAAAGCGUCACAGUUAGGCAUCUUUAUAUCAAAGGUGGUUCCGGAUUCAGAUGCCCACAGAGCCGGUCUACAGGAGGGAGACCAGGUUCUUUCUGUAAAUGAUGUAGAUUUCCAAGACAUAGAGCACUCAAAGGCUGUAGAGAUACUGAAGACGGCUCGAGAAAUCCUGAUGAGGGUUCGCUUCUUUCCUUACAAUUAUCAACGGCAAAAGGAGAGAACUGUCCAUUAGGUGGCAGCAGAGGAAGACGAAGCUUCAUCCUCCCACAGACUCCGGCCUUCAUUCUGUCUGGACUUCAACAGGACAGAUGCACCACCAGCUGACUCAUCCUAAACCCUCCACUGGUUUCCGCAUUAAAAAACCAGACUAACCACACGUUAGGUUUGUAAAUUCUGUUCUGGAGAAGUCAGGAAACUGAAAUAUAGCUAAACACUGUAAUAACGCUUAAAGCAAACUGGACUAAUAAUCGAUGCCUUUCCUUUGCUCACAUCCUAAUUUAAUGUUUCUGUUGCGAACUUGUGAAAAAUGUUCAGAUUGUGCACCUUUAGUACAGAAAAAAACAAAUAUUUUAAUUAUAUUAGGUACAUAGCUAUGCUGUAAAUAGAAAUCUGUGUAAGAAUUCUGGGAAAUUUGUGGAAAUGCUGAGACGGUUGACUGUUUUUAUAUGAAUAUUUAAAUAGUGUGGAUAUAAAUAAAUCACUCAUUAUGAGACAUAAAUCUUGUUUCCUGCAUGACAGGUUUUAGAAGCACCGCACCUUCAUUAUUUUCAAACUAUUUUAAAGGUUGAUGUGACUUUCUGGUGAAGUUCAACUCUGUUUAGGAACAGUUUAUCUAAGUCUGUUUGGGCGUCUACAAAAUAGAAACUUGUGAAAUCUGCAGACUUCUACACUUCGACAUGUUAAUCUGCAUAAAAAUGAACAUUCAUUGACGAGCUUCUGCUCCGGGUUUUCACUUGUUACUUUUGUACAUGAUGCAUUUAUACACUUUAAGCUAUUGUAAGUCUUUAAAUUAGUCUGUUGAAAAACAACUUUUUAAUAAAAUUUUCUCAUUUGUCUCAAACAUUAAAAA